AUGCUGCCUCGUGUGCAGCUGAACUCUUCUGGUUCUGAACUCCCUCCAAUGCCAGACGAGAUACCUGUCCAGACAAUGGUUUUACCUUUGCCUGCAGGCAGGGUCCUCCCCAUUCACAUACAGCUCUCAGACGAGGUGGCAACACUCAUUAUAGAUCUAAGAGGCCUUUCAAAAUGACUGUUUCAAAAUCACUGCCAACGUCAAACAAUGUAGCUCUCUUUGUAUUGAAAUGGAGCUUUGAGUGACACAGCAGUAGGCCAACAGAUUCCACCUGUUUGGGAUGAAAUUUCAUUUGUUUUUAGGCAUCCUUCGAGGACAGCUAUAAGUGGCUUCGGGACAAGUGUCUGAAUGUCCUUGGGUGGCCCAGCCAGAGCCCAGACUUGAACCCGAUCGAACAUCUCUGGAGAGACCUGAAAAUAGCAGCGACGCUCCCCAUCCAACCUGACUACUCUACUCUACUCUACUCUCUGUACUCUUUUGUGUUUUCAGCUCAAAGUGUUCCAGGACUUCUUCCUGUCCUUGAAUCUACCUGCUUUCAUAAUCCGAGGCGAGCUGCUGCUUGUGGAGGUCACUCUCUUCAAAUACCUGGAAGAGGACCUUGAGGUGAGCUGCCUUCACUGUAGUCAAUGCAGCUCUCAGAUGUCUCUCUGGCAUAGCCACUUUGAUAUUAUUUACUGUGUUGAAAAUCUUUCACUACAGUACAGUCCCUAUUUUACACAUUCACUGUAACAUAUUCACAAAUGUUAUCCUCCUUUAAUGGAGAAGCAGUCAGAACUAGAAUGAACCAGUUUGGGUCAGUUUGUAUUAUCUUUCAUUAUAAUGAUCACCAGCACCAAACACCUCUAGGGUCAUGCUAGAGGUAUCAAAGCAUUGAGCCCAUUAAUCCAACAUGGACAAUCACCACUACGUGGAGCAGGACAUGAGACAGUCCUUGUAUCAUAGUUCUAAUCUGUAAUAUUGUUACGACACAAUGGCGACCCAUCACGUUGUUUUGUCUGUCCAGACAUUCCAUGUCUUUUGAUCUGGGUGACUUCCCGCUCGUCUCGUUGUUUUUCUCUCUGCUUUUUCUUAUUAUGUUCUGCUUGGUCAUGGUGACUGUUGCUCAGAGUCACUCAUUUGAGUUUGUCUUCCCGGACAAUGAGGAGCUCUCUAAAGCCAGUACACGCACAGUGUCUGUGUGGAGUCAGAACGGAACCUCUGUCCUAUUUCCCAUCAGGCCACUGGCCCUGGUGGAGAUCCCCGUCUCGGCUGUUGCCUCAGACGCCGUCAGCAAGAUGGUUCUGGUCAAGUUACAGAACAGAUAAAAAGUUUCACUUUACUUCAAUAAACUUAGCGGUCAGUGAAAGCAAUUUCUCUUUUCUCCUAAUUGGAGUAUCAAAUUAAGUUGUUAGUUAUUUCAGCUGAUACAUCUGUGACUAAACACACAAAUCUUGUUCUUGUUAAACUUCUUCAAAGGACCUCUCUCCAUCUCGCCCAGGUUGUAUUACACGUCAAUGUUUGUUUGUGUAAUAAUUUGUUUUGAUAGGUUAAAGGACUUGAGCAGUCACUUUCAAAGACGAUGUUUCUGGAGCCAGUGAGGUCAGUGAAAAGCCUCACCAGUGAAAUGGCAUUCAGCUUCCCUGCAGAUGUUGUUGAGGGCAGUCAAAGAGCUCAAGUGACUGCAGUCGGUUUGUAAACACAUCCAGCUUGACCUCUUCCACUCCACUCACAAGCUGGUGAACCCAAACUACAUUCCUAUGGUCUUAUAACAAGCAUAUUUGACUUUUUAUGAGCAUUUUAUCAAUACUUUCCCUCCCAUAGUAUGGCUAAAAGUGAACACUCAUUGGAAAAACUGACAGAGAAUGACAAGCAAAGCCCAAUGCCUCAAACAAGUUGAAUUAUAGAUUUCAGUGAAAAUAAUGACAUUUGGAAAUGCUUCUUUGUCUUUUUAUGGUCAGCAGCUGUGUGGUUGUUUUCUUACCCUUCUAGAAAUGGAACCCUAAAGAGUGGUGCAUCUGUCAUGCUAGUCAACCUAUCAAACUAGCAGGCUACUCUGGUUGCUUGUAUUUGCUGUCCUCAUCGGUAAACAUGAUUGUUGUUUAAGUGGCAGCUCUUGUAAAUAUUAAAAGAAAACCAUAUAUGUUUGUUACUUGUAAGGCUGUGUUAUCUCUCUCUCUCUCAAUUCAAUUUAAGGGCUUUAUUGGCAUGGGAAACGUGUGUUAACAUUGCCAAAGCAAGUGAAGUAGAUAGUAAACAAAAGUGAAAUAAACAAUAAAUAUUAACAGUAAACAUUACACUCAGAAGUUUCAAAAGAAUAAAGACAUUUCAAAUGUCAUAUUAUGUAUAUAUACAGUGUUGUAACAAUGUGCAAAUAGUUAAAGUACAAAUGGGAAAAUAAAUAAACAUAAAUAUGGGUUGUAUUUACAAAUCUCUCUCUCUCUCUCUCUCUCUCUCUUUCUCUCUCUCUCCUUCUCUCUCUCUCUCUCUCCUUCUCUCUCUCUGUCGUUCUUUCUCUAUUCUGUCUUAAUUUUUUUCUGUAUAAAAGGUGACAUCCUUGGACCAUCCAUCACUGGCCUGGAGUCCCUCAUCCAUAUGCCUUAUGUAGGUGGGGAGCAGAACUUUUCCCCAACAUCUAUGUCAUUGUAUCUGACUGUGUCUGGACAAGUCGACCAUGACAUCUUGAUUACAGUUUUUCUCGAUUGCUAAGACACAUUUCUUGAAAGCUGCUCUCCUUUUCUCUUAACUGUGAACACAAAACCCAAUUUUCAAGCUACAUUCACAAAACCUCAGACUCUUCUUGCAAAACCAAACUUUCACCUCAAAACAGUUCAAUCUGUGCUCAAAACUGAACUAUGUUGUCAAAUCGUGCCCCGAGUCAAUCAAAAUAAAAAACACUACUGAACAGUCACUAAACACUACGUAGAAAAAUAGAAAACACAAUGCUCAGGACAUGAAGCUGGAGAAAUAAAUGUUUAUUGUUCACUGUAGGCUAAAUGCAUGUUGCAAAACAAAACAAAAACUGUGCAUUUAGCACUUGUACAAAAAGACAAAACAGAAAUCUUGUGCAUUCACAUGUAGCACUUGUAAAAACAAACAAAUCUUAUGCGUUUGCCACUUGUGUACAGUAAGCCCAUGUAAAAAUUAAGUACAAAAAUAUACAAAUAAGUGCAUUACUCAGCCACAGCAUCAUGUCUCCGUACUGGGUCAGGCCACAGGACUUCAUCCACAUCACAGGCCACAUUUUGUCUGGCCAGGCAACGGGGGAAAAAACCCCCUGGUAUGCCGUAUCCAGGCUUGGCAUGCCUCCACACCUAUGUCACCACAGGCAAGUCCCAUGGCUUGCAGGAGAUUUACCCUGGUGUAAGGUUGGCGUUCAUAUACCUUCCACCGCCAUGAGGAGAAGAAUUCCUCAAUGGGGUUUAGGAAAGGGGAGUACGGUGGAAGGCAAAGAUUGAUAAAACCUUGGUUCAUAUUGUACCACUCUCUAACCUGGAGGGCUCUGUGAAAACUCACAUUGUCCCAAACAACAACAUAGAUGGGAUGCUCAUCCUGCUGCCCUAACAAAGCAUCUCGCAUGUGAUUGAGGAAAAUGAGGAGCUGGUGAGUGUUGUAGGGCCCCAGGUUGGCAUGAUGGUGGACAACCCCAUGAUUGCUGAUGGCAGCACAUAAUGUGACAUUGCCACCACGCUGCCCAGGAACACCAACAAUGGCCCGAUGGCCAAUCACAUUACGGCCUCUCCUUCUCCUUUUGGUGAGAUUAAACCCAGCUUCAUCCAUGUAGAUGUAUUGAUGGGGUCUUUCCAUUGCAUCCAGUUGAAAAACCCUCUGUAGAAAUAGAUAUAGUUUUGUAAGUGAUACGGAAAAAGUGAUUUAGGCCACUACAGUAAAUCACUACUUAGAGUAAUCAACAUUGAAUGUGUCUGGAUAUAUGCCAACCUGUACAUACUGGAAUCUUUGCUCUUUGACUCUGUCUGAGUUGCGAUCAAAGGGCACUCUGUAUAGCUGUUUCAUGCGCAGUCUGUUGCGCUUGAGGACACGAUCAACAGUAGAGAGGCUGACACUGUUGAUACCCUCAAAAUUUAAAUGGUCCUCAAUGAUCUUCUGCUGAAUUUCGCUCAGUUUAAUGGCAUUGUUCUCACAGACCAUAUCAACAAUUAGGGUCUCCAUGUGGCAGUCUUUCAAUUCUACAAAAAGAGAACAUGGAGUUACAAAAAAUAUACAUGAAAUACUAGGCCUACAAACAGUUAGACCAACCCUCCAUUACAAUACUACAGUACAUUGGUACAGUGAUGUACUGAAACAUAUAUUUACUUACAGUAUACUGUGGUACAGUAUAUAGUAUGUCAUACAGUAAUUGCUGUCAACAUUGACAUACUGUACUAUAAUGUCAAAAAAAGGUAAUUACCUGUUCUCUUCUCUAAAUCUUCGGAUUAUGGUGGACACAGUGAAUCUACUGAUGUUUGGUUGUACCCUUUGUCCAGCCUCCCUCAUGCUCAUACCAUGGACAAGAACAUGGUCAAUCACAGUAGCUCUGAUUUAAUCAGAUAUUACUGUUCUUUGUCUUCGCUGACCACCUCGACCACCUCGACCUCCUCUCACACGAACUCUUCCUCUCAGAUUUCUAUCCAUUGUAGGGCCUCACAAACCAGUGCUCUCUGAACUGGCUUACUGUAUAUGUUCCCUCACAUCAUUAGCCACAAGUGUGAUCAAUUUUGAGUUGUUGUGUUCAAGUGGUGACACCUGUGCUCUAAUUGUGUUUGACUUUUGUCACCUGUGCUCACCAUUAUGCAGCACGGGUGCAUCACAAUGAACAUGUGUUGGCAAGUUAUGUCUAAACAGGUGAAAAGUGCUUAUGGUUUUGCCAAAAGAGUGAUUGAUUCAAUCAGUGGGUUCAGGAAACUGAGCAUUUGGUUCAGACAAUAGGGUUUAGUGUUUUAGCAAUUGAGAAAAACUGUAAAGCCACGUUUUACAUGAUGAAAGGUGUGUUGCUAAUAUUCAUACCAACUUAGCUGAAAUUCUAUAUUAUAUUGCCUAAUAGUUCAUAAAAUGUAAAUACAAUUAUACAUAUUACAUAGACUAAUACAUACAAUAAAAUAUAUGUAUGAUAUAGCCUAAUAGUUAACCCUUUGGUUUCUUGCCCAUGUAGGUUAUGAGAGUGAACUGUCCUACCAGAGAGAUGAUGGUUCCUUCAGUGCCUCUGGAGAUAGUCACUCCUCUGGAAGCACAUGGUGAGUAACUCAGCCUGUUUGUGUGUAUCUGUAACCCUUUAUCCAUAUCUCCUCUCUGAAAGGCUCUCUGCGUUCGUACUGAAGUGCUUCCUGCAGGCGAGUCCCUUCAUCUCCAUCGACAGCAGAGUGCUCUCCAGUACUGCAACCUGGUUGGGGGCCCAGCAGGGGGAUGACGGGGCCUUCAUGGAGCCUGGCCGGGUCAUCCACACUGAGCUUCAGCAAGGCCUGGAUGGCCCCAUAUCUCUCACAACCUACUUGUGUACAUGUUUAUCUUAAAAUGAUAACUUUUUAAAUGUCUAACAAUUAAAAUGUUCAUGAAGCUAUUCAUGGAGCUAUUGGAGGAUGACAAUUACAAGGUGGGAGUAAUGCUACAAUAAGACUCUGUGCUACAUACAGUAUGUGCUUUGGCCUUUGGUUUUCCAAGUCUGUUAAAUCUCUUUGGUUGACCUUUUCUUUGUUUCUAUUAUUCAGAACAUGUACGCAAGCCAGGUUUCCAUUACUACAGCCUGUGUCUGGCCACUUACGCUCUGGCCAACAGUGAGAGCGCAGACCGAGCGCUGACACAGCUGAUGGGAUGAGCAGAGAUGAGGGGUAAACACUUGGGGAGUUGGAUGGAGGUGGGGAUGGAUGAGACUCCUCUGUUCUAAGGUGCUGCAUAUCUAAAAGCCAGUGGCGGUCAGUGCCGUUUAAGAUGAGGGAGGCCGAUUUUUUAUUUUCACGAGCAUGGCCUUAUUUCUAUUACAGCAUAUUGGAUGACUCUCAUUCAUAUUCCAUACACCCAGUUCAAUGUAACAGCGAUAGAUUUAGGCUACUACAUGAUACUAAAAUGUUCCCUAUACCCAUCAUGAGGUUGCUACAACCUAGCCUAUGAAUGAAAGUUUACAACGUAGGUGCACACAGGUCGACAGAAGAAAUUUGAGGUGACAGACAGUGACACUUGGACAGACAGUGACAUUCAACACCGCCUUGCACAAACUCCAGCUAGAUGCACUCUUGACUGCAUAUAGCUGAUAUAGGGUGUAAUCAUUAGUCCAACAGUUGCAAACAAGAGUUUCUAUUGGAAAAAUUCACGUAUAUGUUUAUCCCCAUUUUGUUUUCCGUUUGCUUCCGUUUAAGAUUUUUUUUCAACAGAUUCAGCAGAAUUAAUACACCCCUGAUCACGCGUAAACACAGUUCACUUUCAUAGCAGCCACGUUGUAUUCCUUCUCACAUCUAUCUAUGCGCUCUCCUCCUCUCACCUCUUCCCUUCGCUUGUGGACUUCAAUGCACAACAUAUCAGCUGUAUGUGACCAGGCAAAAAAAACCUUUCCAAGCCAAACAACUGCACACAGCCUACAUCGUUGUCACCAUAUUAGCUAAAGUAACGUCAUAGUCAGCAUAGCUAAUAGAACUAACGUGUUAGUAAACCCGCUACAAUCAUGCAGUAACAUUACAGUGUACAGUCAGUAAGCAGUUACACCGGCGGGCCCUGUGGCAAUAAAUUAGUAAUGCCAAAAGCUUACCUUGACUUGGAAGAGUUUCAGUGUUGUGUUGGAAAGUCAUAGCCAGCUAGCUAACAUAACAUCCCUCUGAGCAGGGUGUUUCAGUAGGUUGAACUAGCUAGCUGCAUUUGCUAGCUAAGUAAGUUAAAUUUACUUAUCCUUCAUUUUGGAAUAAAUUAAUUUGUUCAAAACUGUUCAACUAUUGUCUUUCUCUCUCUUUGAGUCAACUACUCAACACAUUUUAUACACUGCAGUGCUAGCUAGCUGUAGUUUAUGCUUUCAGUGCUAGAUUAAUUAUCUGAUCCUUUGAUUGGGUGGACAUCAUGUCAGUUCAUGCUGCAAGUGCUCUGAUAGGCUGGAGGACGUCCUCCGGAAGUUGUCAUAAUUACUGUGUAAGUCUAUGGAAGGGGGUGAGAACAAUGAGCCUCCUAGGUUUUGUAUUGAAGUCAAUGUACCCAGAGGAGGACGGAAGCCAGCUGUCCUCCGGCUACACCAUGGUGCUACCCUACAGAGUGCUGUUGAGGCUACUGUAGACCUUCUUUGCAAAAUAGUGUGUUUUAAUCAGUUAUUUGGUGACAUGUGAUUAUAUUUAGUAUAGUUUAUCUUAAAAUGAUAACUUUUUAAAUGUCUUACAAUUUAAAUGUGUAUGAAAUUCACUGGGGAGGAUGGUCCUCCCCUUCCUCCUCUGAGGAGGCUCCACUGCUAAAAGCAUUUAAAGAGGACUCACUAGAAACUUUUCGAUAUACAGUGCAAGCCUCCCAGAUGUUGUUGUUGAUGUAGCUCAACUUUGUUUUGCUCCACCAUUUCCUUUUUGUCCAGACGGUCUUCCAUCCUGGUCCUCGUCAGAUGUAG